UUCUCUUUAACAGAAGGACCCAGAAACAGAGCGGGCGCGGUUCUCGCGGCCAAGUCGUUGCAUCACCUUUCCCCACCUCUCGUAUUCCGUUCGUCGGCCGCGCCGCCACCAACCAAGUUCUUUCAGCGAGACCAACUCGUGAAACCCAGUGAUCUGUUUGGGGACUAAUCAAAUUCAACAAGCAAGUUUCAUGUCUGAUCUCGACGUCCAGCUUCCGUCUGCUUUUGAUCCGUUUGCGGAAGCAAAUGCUGAGGACUCCAGCGCUGGUGCUGGAUCAAAGGACUAUGUGCACGUGCGCAUUCAGCAGCGCAACGGAAGAAAGAGUCUGACAACUGUUCAGGGCUUGAAGAAAGAGUACAGCUAUAACAAAAUCCUCAAGGAUCUCAAAAAGGAGUUCUGCUGCAAUGGUACUGUAGUCCAGGAUCCAGAGCUAGGCCAGGUCAUUCAACUGCAAGGUGAUCAGCGUAAAAAUGUUGCUACUUUCCUAGUCCAGGCUGGAAUAGCAAAGAAAGAGAGCAUCAAGAUUCACGGAUUUUAGGCAGCAACAUAUAAAUGCUUGUGUGGUAUCAUAUGAUACAAGUAUUCUAGGUUUCUUUAGCUUGGAAGAAGUAAUAUCAGUAGUCGUCUGAACCUUUGUGUCACUAUUGGAUUGAGAAGUCUACUAUUGAAUGCAAGUUAUCCUUGCCGUAUGGUUUUUAAGCGUUACCUUCAUGGAAGUAUUGUAUCAUACCUAUUGAAUAACAAUAGAGAUUGCUGGUUGGGUUCGUUUAAUCUGUUCGAUCUGUGUUUGUUUA